AUGAUUAAUCGGGGUUCUUGAGAUGAAAUUCUUAACGGAAUAUAAAAAAUCGUCUCUUAACUUUUAAAUAAAAAUACUAAGAACUGAUUAUUAUCUUUGUUAGUUAAAAGUUAAGAAACGGUUUCUUAUAUUCUCAUAACCUCCAUUAAUCAUAAUCUUAGGUUCCCAAACUUUGUAAUGCUCUGGUAUCAAUAAAUGCAAGUUUUGGUGUUUUAGAAAAUAGUGACUUCGUAAGCAAGAUGGAUAGGUUUCCUUGAAUAUCACUGACACUUCGUUGUCUUUAUUAACUAAAAAACUUAUGAAUGUGUGGAGACACAAAAGUCAGUGGAAAUAUCGAACUGAAGUCAACAAAGAGCAUAUUUUUUGAUGUUUAGAGCUAAUGAAAAAAAUUAGUUUUGAUAACCAAGCAAGAGUUUAUAUAUAUUUUGAUGUUUGUUUCUGUGUCCAGACGCAAGUGAGUUAUGUCUGAUCAUGUUGUUUCGUUUAUGCAGGUAUGAUGAACCGACGUCCCGUGGACCGACCCGCAAAGCCCAUGUACUAUGCGGGGCAAGAUUGGUCAGCCCUCGACAAGACCGCAUUCCGCGCGGGCCUGUUCCGCUGAGACCCGUUUGAACUGAAGACCGCGGCGGGGUGGGACGGGACGGAACGGAAAGACCCAAUUGCCAUCUCUAUCGGUACUAAAACAUACAUCUUUCUGAAACAGAAGGAGUAUAACACAAUUUUCAAAUGAUAUAAAUAAUAAAGUGUAUUUAUAAAAUAAGAAUGAUAAUGUUUAGAUGAUUCUAUUUUUUAGUUUUUAUACUAUAAAUCAUAUUCAUAUCAAUUAUGAAAUUACUUUUAAAUUUUCUCACAAAAUCAGAAAACCAAUAUUCAUAUGAAAAAAGAUUUAACAAAAAUAUGUUUUGCAUAUAUAUCAAAUAUAACAUGUUAACCAUUAACAUUCAUACCACUAAAUAUGACAAACUAAUUAUAAAAUGAAAAUGUAUGACGUUCUUGUGUAAAGAAUUUGGAAAAAAAAAACAAAAACAACUAGAAUUUUUAAACUUAAAUAAAUAAAUAAGAAAAGGUAUAUAUCUCUUGUUGGUGUUUCGUUGAGACUAAACAAGAAACAAUUUUUUUAAAGUUAUUAAACAAAGAUAAAUUUUACAGAUGUUGGGUCCCAAAUUUUGACAAAUUAAGCGAGGCCAGAGGCUAAUGCCGUUUGCUAAUGCUAUAAGCACGGCUCUGGAUAUUUCAUACAAUAUGAAAUAGUAUUACAAAAAUAUAAACAAAGAAAAAUGAAUAAACAUAUGGAAUUAUGUUUGUAAGCUCAAAAACAUAUAGUAAGAAACUUAUUCUAAAUACAAUUAAGCGUUUUGUGCUUUAGCAGGUAUUUGUUUAUUUGUGGGGUGGUCCGAAUCCGCUCGAGAAAAAACAGAAAAAUCAUAGCCCAAAUGGUUUGUUCAUCUACGUCAUAUGCCGCCUGAGUGCUAAUAAAUGGUUUUUUCAAUAUAAAGUCAGUAUAUAUAUAUAUAUCCAGCGUACUUUAAAAGAAGGUGGUCAACCCACAAAAUUCCAAUCUCUAUCCUCUCCGUGACUCUAGUGGUGUCUGGUGUGUGUCUGACUGUAAUCACUAUUUAAUUUUCUGAUAUUUUUUUCCAGUUUCAGAGAUCAAUAUGAUUCAUUCCCAUAAACACACAUAUUCUCACAUAUGUAAACACACCGUUAUUCGAAACUACCUCUUAGUCAUCAUCGCCAUCAUGUCAUCCAUUAUCAUCCUUCUCUUCUCUCUCUUCCUCUUCACCUCUCCAUCUUUCUCCUCAGGUCACCACCAAACUCCUCCUCCCCUCAGUCCUUCGCCCCCUCCCGCCGCACAGAUACGUCUCGCAUGCAAAGCCACUCGCUACCCUGACGUCUGCGUCUCUUCUCUAUACAAACCGGGUCGAGUCCCUUCGGACCCUAACCCAUCACAGAUCAUCCACUCAGCGGUCUCCGUCUCUAUAGAAAAACUCAUAAUCGCGCAGUCGGAAGUGAAGUCUAUCCUGGACGCGUCCGUAGGUAAUCUGAACCGCACCAACGCCGCGAACAAGUACCUCCAGCAACUCUCUUACUCUCUGCACCGCACCCGAGCUACGUAUCAAGCUCUGACACGUGGAAAAAUCAAAGAUGCUCGCGCUUGGAUGAGCGCUGCUCUCGUCUCAAGGUCCCCUCUCAAAUAUGUCAACGGCACGAAGGAAGUCGUUGAAACGAUGUCGUCUCUCAAUGAAUUCAUCAACGUCACCAGUAACGCUCUUAGCAUGUUGGUAUCGUACGAUAACUUCGGAGACAACGUCUCCUCGUGGACUCCUCCGGCAACGGAAAGAGACGGGUUCUGGGAUAAGACUGGUGGGCCCAAGGUGGGUGCUGGGCCGAGUUUGGGCUUCCCUUCGGGUUUAAAAGAAGACGUUACGGUGUGCAAAAACGGAAAUUGCCGUUACCAGACGGUGCAGGAUGCAGUUAACGCGGCGCCUGAUAACAACGGAGUAAGUAAGUUUGUUAUAAAGAUUAACGAAGGAGUGUAUGAGGAGACCGUCACGGUUCCGUUUCAGAAGAAGAACGUUGUCUUCAUCGGAGACGGUAUCGGCAAAACGGUUAUUACAGGAUCUUUGAACGCCGGUAUGCCUGGGAUCACCACGUUCGACACCGCAACUGUCGGAGUGUUAGGAGAUGGAUUCAUGGCACGUGACAUAACGUUCCAAAACACGGCGGGACCAGACACACACCAAGCGGUUGCGUUUAGAUCCGACAGCGACUUUUCUCUGCUCGAGAACUGUGAGUUCCUCGGGAACCAAGACACACUCUAUGUCCAUGGCCUUCGUCAGUUCUACAAAAAAUGUCGUAUCCAAGGAAACGUUGACUUCAUUUUCGGAAACGCAGCGUCUGUCUUCCAAGACUGCGAGAUUCUAAUCGCACCGCGUCAGCUUCAACCCGAGAAGGGUGAUAAUAAUGCCGUCACUGCCCAAGGAAGAAUCGACCCGGCGCAGUCCACGGGGUUCGUGUUUUUGAACUGUUCGAUAAGUGGAACGGAUGAGUACAUGAAGCUGUAUAAAGCUAACCCUAAGGUGCAUAAGAGCUACUUGGGAAGGCCGUGGAAAGAUUAUUCAAGGACUGUGUUUAUAGGGUGUAAUUUAGAGGCUUUGAUUAAUUCCGAUGGGUGGUUACCUUGGAGCGGGGAUUUGUCGCUCAAGACGCUUUAUUACGGUGAAUCUAAGAACACGGGUCCGGGAUCUGAUAGGUCAAAAAGGGUUCCAUGGAGCAGUGUGAUUCCAGACGAGCAUGUUGAUAUGUAUUCGGUGGCUAACUUUAUUCAAGCCGAGGAGUGGGCAAUGUCUGGUUGAAUCAAGUCAAGACUAAAAAGCGUUGUUCGUUAGUUGAUAAAGUUUUUAAAACAAAGAUAUCCAAAAUUUUGCAUUCGUAUUAGUUGUAUCAACUGAAGUUUCAGAUCUUUAUGACUUA